AUGUAUACACUCGAGGAAGUGCAGAAGCAUAACAAACCAGACGAUGUCUGGAUUAUAUUGCACAACAAGGUCUAUGACAUCACAAAAUACCUCGAAGAUCACCCUGGCGGCAGCGCCAUUCUGAUUGAAGUUGCUGGUACCGAUGCCACCGAGGCCUUUGAAGAGACCGGUCAUUCAGACGAGGCGCGGGACGAGUUGGCCAGAUAUCACGUUGGAGAUCUGCCUUCAGAAGAACACGCCGAAACCGUGGAAGUCUAUCGCCCGAAAUUUGAGCAGGUCGCUCAAUCGGCUGUCGUGUCAGUCAAGAAGUCUUCGAAUAGUCGAUUGAGUACUUUGGUUCGUGCUGUAGUCAAGCUCGGUCUCACUGGCGCUCUGGGAACAGCGGCUGUAAUGGGUUAUCGCCGGGGAUGGGGUUCAUUGCUUCAAUCGUUCCGACAGCUGUCCAGUCAUGCCUUGACAAUUCUCUGUGAUUGGUCUGCCUCGAAUGGCCAAUUCUGGACUGGAUUUGGCAUCGCCAGCAUAGGACAACUGUCACUGACGAUCGGAUUGACAAUGUGGAUUUCCACCAAGCUGGACGUCCAGCAAGAAUUCACCCACUAUUCUCCACGACGCACAACCAGAACGAACCAAAUCAUCCUCCGUAAACGACUUCCGUCAUCAUCCAAGAACAAGGCUCUCCUCAAACCGCAACGCUCAACACCUCUCGAGCCACGCACCUGGAAGAACUUCCCACUCAUCCGCAAAGACACCGUCUCACCCAACGUCUACCGAUUCGUCUUCGGCCUGCCCCACAGAGACGAUAUCCUGGGCCUCCCGACUGGCCAGCAUAUUGCUCUAAGGGCCACUAUCAACGGCGAGAGCGUCUCCCGCUCCUACACGCCUGUCUCAAACAACACAGACCUAGGCCGUAUCGAGCUCCUAGUGAAAGUGUACCCACAAGGCAAAAUGACCAAGCAUUUGGAGAGCAUGAAAAUCGGGGACAUGAUUGAGAUUCGGGGGCCCAAGGGUGCAAUGCAAUACACCACCUCGUAUGCGAAGCAGAUUGACAUGAUCGCAGGUGGUACUGGCAUAACCCCCAUGUACCAGCUCAUCCGAGCAAUCUGUGAUGACGAAACGGACUCGACAAAAAUCAGUCUGCUCUAUGCGAAUAACACAGAGGAGGAUAUCUUGCUGCGAGAAGAGCUCGAUACUUUUGCGAAGAAGUAUCCAAAGAAGUUCCAGGUGCAGUAUGUCCUUUCGCAGGCUGCACAGGAUUGGAAGGGUCAUCGGGGAUUCGUUUCUCAGGACUUGAUUCAAAAGUACCUGGCGCCGGCGGAUCAGAGUAAUAAGAUGCUGCUUUGUGGGCCGCCGCCGAUGAUCAAUGCUAUGAAGAAAGUUCUUGUUGGGCUUGGGUGGAAGGAACCAGGUGCUUUGUCUAAGGCUACGGACCAGGUGUUCUUGUUUUAG